UUUGUGCUGCGAUCAACAAGACUGAAAAGCCGCCGUUGCUGCUCAGUUGGGCUGCUUGUGAAAUACGUUUUAAAGGACCGAAUGCAGAACCAACCUGAGUGAUGCAAACCGUACUGUGCGGGCGUGUGUGGAGGGCUGGGCUUCAUUCUCUUUAAAAAAAAAAAUUUGGGGGGUUUGUUUUCAACAAGCUACCACAAAGAGCGAAUAAUGACAUCCACCAAAAGCUCAACUUGUUCACUGAAGAUGACCACACGGGAAUUAAUUCUCAUUUUUCUUCUUCAAUUUGAAGCCAUUAGCGGGGAGGUCACGCUGGUCUAUGCCAGGGCCGGGGAUGUGGCCGUUCUCCCUUGCAAGUGUUCAUCCUGCUCCGGCUUGGUCUGGUUGUACAGUUGGGACGAGAACCCUUUGGUACGCGAGGUGGAGAACGGCCGAGUGCUGACCAGCUCAGCCAGAAGUCAACGCCUCAGCGUGAAGGACUGCUCGCUGCUCAUUGACCGGGUGAAGCCACAGGACACCGGUUACUUUGCAUGUGAACAAAGUGGAGGAGGGUCAUCACUCACAGUUUUGCUGACGGUGAUGACAUUGAUGUCAUCAAUUCCUUGGGAUUCUGAUCCUAUGCAAGACGGUCACGUGCUCCUGAAGUGCUCCUUGGCCUGCUACCCGGGUAUGAGGUGUUCUUGCGGGUCAGGGAAGCUCCGCUGGAUGGACGAUGAAGGCCAGGAGCUUUCCCCGCAAGGCACUCAGCAGAACUGCUUUUCCUCCGUCAAAGUACUUCCUGCUGGCCGUAACAGGAAUUACACGUGCCAAUACGUGGCAGAAGAUGGCGUGAAGGUCCAGGCCCAUUACACAGCUGUUUCAAAAGAAGUGAACACAAAAGGUCCCGGAGAUCCACCGCCUGGCCGCAACCUGCUCAGCAUCAUCAUCGGGGCAGCUGUCACUGUUUUGAUGCUGAUCGUCGUCAUCGUGAGCAUCGUCCUGGUAAAAAUGACGUCGAGAAGAAACUCAGCCCAGGAUUUCUCCAAACAUGAAGACAACAACGUUACAUAUGAUAGCGUCGGUUACAACCACAAGAAGGAACACGCCAAGCAGAAGGAAGCUUCGCUGGAUGAGACUGAGUCCGAAGUGACGUACGCUACUUUGAACCUCAAGAAGAAGAAUGAGGACAAAGCCAAAAAGCAGGUCCAUGAGGAGGAAGAGGAGGUCGUGACCUACGCGGCUGUCAGGAGCCCGCCUGACCAAGAUGUUAACCAAUGAAAAGAACGGCAACAGGAAAAGACAUUAGUUGUUAUCUCAACAAAGUUAAGGAAUGCCGCCAUCACAUCACGUCAUCGACACACACGAAAUGUUUUAGGGUGAUACUGAGUUGGAAAAAAAAAACCCAAAAAAUGUUACUAUUUAUUCUGAAAUUGUGUGUGAAUGGACAUCAUUAUUCUUCAAAUAAAGUUGACUUUUCAUAC